CGCCAGUAUGCAUCCAAGUCCAAGAUAAAAUCCACUGCCGAGCUAGUCCCGGGCUCGCGGCAACUCCUAACCACGGAGGAGGCGCGCUCUGAAUACCAAAAAGCAGAAACGAAGAUGUCUUCCACGGUCGAAUGGUAUCGGAAAGAGGUGGCCGCCUUCGAGAACCGAGCAAGCGGCCGCGUGACGCCUAGUUUGCUUGCUCCUGUAAGGGUGGAGGUUCAUGGGAAAGGCAACGACCCCGUCAAAUUGGAAGAAAUUGCCACAGUUGGUGUAAAGGAUUGUUCAAUGUUAAUUGUGACGGUAUUCGACGAAAAUAAUAUGAAAGCUGUCGAACAGGCAAUAUACAAUGCCAAGUUACCUGGGGUCGUUCCUCAGAGACAGGACACCCGCACCAUCAAAAUUCCCAUACCCAGGCCCACGGUGGAAGCGCGGACAGCUCUCGUCUCAAAUGCACAACGCCUAGCAGAGGAUGCCCGGGUUCAAAUAAGGCGUGCUCAUCAAGCUAGCGUUAAGAAAGGCAAAUACGAGAAGCAUUCUGUUGAAAUCGACGAGUUCCGAAGGCUGGCUGAUAAGAACGUCGCGGAGGUAGACAAGAUCUUGGCGCAUAUGAAAAAGACAGGGUCCCGAUAG